UUUUGGAUGCUUAUAACUCGGUCAGUUUUCAAUGGAUCUUCAAUUGUAACACAGAUUUGGAAAGAUCUGCUCAUCAGCUACCAAAAGUUAUUCUACGCCGAUGUGCUAAGUUGUCUGUGGAAAAAGUUAUUCGAGGUACAAAGACUUAAAAUUUUCUCAAUUUUUCCUAAAAAAUUCCUCAUUUUGCCACUUUGGAUGCUUAUAACUCGGUCAGUUUCCAAUGGAUCUUCAAUUGUAACACAGAUUUGGAAAGAUCUGCUCAUCAGCUACCAAAAGUUAUUCUACGCCGAUGUGCUAAGUUGUCUGUGGAAAAAGUUAUUCGAGGUACAAAGACUUAAAAUUUUCUCAAUUUUUCCUAAAAAAUUCCUCAUUUUGCCACUUUGGAUGCUUAUAACUCGGUCAGUUUCCAAUGGAUCUUCAAUUGUAACACAGAUUUGGAAAGAUCAGCUCAUCAGCUACCAAAAGUUAUUCUACGCCGAUGUGCUAAGUUGUCUGUGGAAAAAGUUAUUCGAGGUACAAAGACUUAACAUUUUCUCAACUUUUCCAAAAAAAUUCCUCAUUUUGCCACUUUGGAUGCUUAUAACUCGGUCAGUUUCCAAUGGAUCUUCAAUUGUAGCACAUAUUUGGAUAGAUCUGGUCAUUAGCUACCAAAAAUUAUUCUACGCCGAUGUGCUAAGUUGUCUGUGGAAAAAGUUAUUCGAGGUACAAAGACUUAACAUUUUCUCAACUUUUCCAAAAAAAUUCCUCAUUUUGCCACUUUGGAUGCUUAUAACUCGGUCAGUUUCCAAUGGAUCUUCAAUUGUAACACAGAUUUGGAAAGAUCUGCUCAUCAGCUACCAAAAGUUAUUCUACGCUGAUGUGCUAAGUUGUCUGUGGAAAAAGUUAUUUGAGGUAGAAAGACUUAACAUUUUCUAA